AUUCAAACACACACAAGCAUUGAAAAAGAAUAAUGAUCAUCAUCAUUAGAAUAUAUAAAUAUACAAUAGUGGUAAUCUGAAUUAGUCUGCUUUUGUUAAUUAACACACACAUACACAUAUACGUAAGCGAUGCCAUUACCAUUUGGCAUCUGAUUCAACAUGAAUCUGGUGAAAAUUUAAAGACAAAAAUACAUUGAAAACAAAUCAAGACAGACACAAAACAUAUACACAGAGAGAGAGAGAAAGAGAAACCGAUUAAAUUUUUUUUUUGUUUUGUUUUGUUUUGUUUCUCUUCAAGUGUUAAUUGAAAAGAAUGUUGAAAAUUAGCUAAAUUAAUCAAUAAAUCAAUAAUUUUUUUACAUCAUCAUAAUAAUAAUGUAUAACGAUCGUUCAUCUUAUCAUCAUCAUCAUCAUCAUCAUAAUUAUCAUCGUAGUUCACCAUCAUCAUCACCAGCUACAAGUGUCAUAUCCGAUUUUCGUAAUAUUAAAUUUUCCAAUAUUCAUUCCUUUCAAUCAUCAUCAUCAGCAGCAGCAGCAUCAACAUAUAAUUCAUCAACAGAACGUUUGAAUUCACCAUCAUUAAAUCGUGGAAAAGAUGGUAUAUUUCGACCGAAAAGUAUAUUUUCAUUGGCCACUGAAAUUGAUUUUGAUUCAUCGAAUCGUUUAUCGAAAACCACCACAACAACACCAUUGAGAACGAUACCAUCGAAUCCAAGAUUAGCAUAUCUACGUGAUAGUCCAUCAAGCCGCACUAGUCCACCACAAUAUUCAUCAACAUCACCAAUAACUAAUAAUCGUAAUACGGAUUUCUAUACAAAUUUCAAUGAUAAUUUAAGCUAUUUAAACAGCAGCAGUAGUAGUAGUAGUAGCCGAUCAUCUAAUCAUGGAACAAAAUAUUCAGCAAAUUCAUAUAGUAAAAAUUCAUACAUUUUACCUGGAAAUUAUUAUCGUUUCACUAAUGUUUAUCAUGCACCGAAAUUUCGUGAUCGUCCAUUAUUAUCGAAUUUGAAUCAAAAAUUUGGCAAAUCAUCACCAUCAACAUCAUUGAUACGAAAUGAACAUCGCCGUAGUUCAGGUAGCGGUGGCAGUGGAACUGGAUCACCAAUACCGCCAUCAUCAUCAUCAUCAGCAUCACGUAAAGAAUCACCAUCCGGUUCACAUCAUAAUUCAUUAUCAUUAUCGAAUGAUCAAUCAUCAUCUGGAUCACCAUUAUCAUCGAUAAAACAGCAACAACCAACAUUAGGAUUGGAAAGAAAUAAAUUUUUGAUUAAAUUUCGUGAACAUGAUAAACCACCAUUAUUGAAUGCUAAUCGUCGUAGUUCAAUUUCAUGGGACAUUCCAUAUGAUCACCAUAAUCAACAACUGAAAAAAAAUUUCGGUAGCAAUCACAAGAUUACUGAAGAAUCAAUUAAAGAAGUUGAAGAUAAUAAUAAUGACAAUGAAUCAAUGAUGUUGAUUGAAAAUUGUCAACAACAAGAAACGAAAAAAGAAUCAAUCAAAGACAUUUCAUCUAUGAAUGGGACAAAUUUUUCGAAUGAUAAUAAUUUUUUUGUGGAUGAAAAAGAAAAACAAACAUUAACCACCACCACCACCAACACCCCUUGUCUUACAAGAUGGAAAGGUUCAUUCAAUUUGAAUGAUGAUGCCGGAAUUGGUGAUGAUAAUAAUAAUAAUAAUGAUGAUGAUGAUGAUGAAUUUAAAAAUAAAUUCGAUGACCUAAAUUUUAUCGACCCACAUCAUCCAAAUUAUGAACCGACUUUAUUAAAAGAAUCAUUGUUGACAACAAUCACCAACACCGGCACUGGCUAUGGCCAAAUUCAACAACAAAAUGAUGAAAUUCACCGGAUAAUAUUAUCACAAAAAGCUUAUGAUUUGAAGCCAAAAUCAAAACGAAAACCAGUGAAAAAAAUUAAAGAUAAAGAUCAAACAACAACAAUGGUGAAUAACAAGGAAACGAUGGAUAAAGCGAUGAUGACGAAACCACCAAAACGAGCAGUACAACGAACAAAAUCAUUGAAAUUAUCGAAAAAUUUUUCCACUGUGAUUGAUAUACCUUAUUGUGAUCAAAUGAUUGAAAUGAAAAUUUCUGCAAAUGAAUUGGUCGUCGAUAAAGAAAAAGAAGUGAAAAAGAAAAUCAAAACAAAACCGGAUAAAUUAACAAUUGUUGAUCAAUCUAGCAUUCAGUCGGAUGGUAAUAAAUUGAAACAAUUGAAAAAAUCGGCCACAUCUCAAUUGCCAAUUCUGUCGCCUAAAACACCACCUACAACUGAUGAUGGAAAUUCAAUGAAAAUUUUGGUGGCAAAAAGAAAAAAACCAAAACAAACACAAGAUGAAAACCAAAUGAAAAAUGAUCAAUCUGUUAUCGACAAGAAUCAAUCGACAGAGAUUGAAUCGAAAAAAGUUCCUAAAAUUAAACUUAUUCCAGAAAAAUUAGAUCCAAUAAAACCAUUGGAAUUGAACGACAACGAGAAGACAUUAUUGUCACCUAACGAAGCGACAGCGAAGAAAACGUCGGAAGAAGGUGAAAGUUCACAGAAACGAAUUGUAGAAAAAUCCAAUGAAGAAUUAAAACCAAAAACAAAAUGCAAAGACAAACCAAUGUCACCGGUUUUAUUGUCGCCGCCUAAAUCGCCUGAAAUAAAACCACAACAUUCGCCGAAAUUGAUUGAAGAUCCUGUGUCCAAAAUCAAACAAAAAUCACUGAAUGAAAAGCCAAAAUCUCCGAAAUUGGAAACAAAUGAAUCGAAAUCGAUUGUACCAGAAGAAUCGAAAAAGACAAAAUUUUCAUUCAAUAAAUCCUCAGUGACAAUGGAAAAAGAAUCCGAAAUACAAACAGAAUCUGAAUCGAUAAUUGUAUCGCCACCAAAAUCACCGAAAAUUAUUCAAUCACCUAAAUCAAAUGAAAAUGGUUCAGCCAUUGUUAAACGAACAAAAUCGAAAAAAUCUGAAAUUAACAAUGAAAAAUUUAAAUCAGAUGAUAAACGACUAUUACAACAACAACAACAACAAAAAAACAAUCAAAUAACAUUGGCAUCAUUCAUACAGUAAAUACCGAUGCCAAUCAAUUGUCAAAUAGAGAUGAAGAAAUCAAUCAAAUGAAUAAACAGCAGCCAAAAGAGCAAUCAAAUAAAAAGAAAAAGAAUA